GAGCUGUUAGGAGGAAGUCAAGUGUCAAAACGUUUCGGGGGAUAAGCUCGGAGUUGACAAAAGCGAUCUGUCUCAGUUGAAACAUUUUUGACACAGUUUUCUAAAAUUUCCAAGUCGUGUCCUGGACGGACCACGCUGGCGAGGACUAAGAUAAUCGGCGGCGAACCGAACCCCCGUGCCCAGCGAAGGACUUGGUCUUUCCGCGGACUUGACCACCACCGCACGGCAGAGAGAGGAAAGUGGGACUUUAUUGUUCAAGGCUAGCUAGCUAGCUUUGCCAAGCGGCUUGUUUUUGUGUGUAUAGCGUGGACCGCAGGCUAUAUGGCUGCGACUUACGAGCCAAUAUAUGGACUUUCGGAAGACGAGCAUGAAACGAGAGUGCUGCGGGUUAAGGUCAUUGCAGGAAUUGAUCUGGCGAAGAAAGACAUCAUCGGAGCCAGCGAUCCUUACGUCAAACUUUCCCUCUAUGUUGCGGAUGAAAACAGAGAGCUUGCCUUAGUCCAAACAAAAACCAUUAAAAAGGUAGGUAAGAAGACCCUCAAUCCCAAAUGGAACGAGGAAUUCUACUUCAGAGUGUGUCCACAGAAUCACAGGCUACUCUUUGAGGUGUUUGAUGAAAACAGAUUGGCUUCUUCCAAGAAUGGCCUUUUCCAUCUCACACAGACCAGAGAUGAUUUCCUGGGACAAGUUGAUGUUCCUCUCAGCCAUUUGCCGACAGAGGACCCGGCCAUGGAGCGGCCCUACACAUUUAAAGACUUCCUCCUGCGGCCCAGAAGUCACAAGUCCAGGGUGAAGGGUUAUCUGCGCCUGAAGAUGGCCUAUCUGCCCAAACAAGGAGGACCAGAGGAGGAGGCUGGAGAGAUGAGGGAGGAGGCCGAGGGAUGGGAUGAGUCUGCAGACUCGGGCUCCCAGCGACCUCAGCAGCUGCUGCCCCCACUGCCCCCAGGCUGGGAAGAGAAGGUGGACAACCUGGGGCGCACGUACUAUGUCAACCACAACAACCGCUCUACACAGUGGAAAAGGCCCUCAAACAUGGAUGUAAUUUCAGAGACUGAGAGUGACAAUCAACAGCGGCAGAUCCAUCAGGAGGCACAUCGUGUCUUCCGUUCGAGACGCCACAUCAGUGAAGACCUAGAGAACGAACACCUGGAGCCCAGAGACCUGGACAAUUCCUGGGAGCUCAUCACAGAAGAGGAUCCUAACGACAGUCAGUCUCUGCCCGGCCCCUCCUCCGUCUUGACACCACAACACCCGCCGCAGACACCCGUCACCCAGGAGUUUUCUGAAGACUUAAAUCUGAGGCUGUCACUCACUCCUGAUACCAACGGCGAAGUGCCAGGGCCUAGCUCUGCUCUGGGCCAGCUGUCAAACAGACUCCGAUCCUCAAGUAUGACGGAUGGUGUCAGUGAUCAGGCCCAGGCUCCUCCUCUAAUGCAGAGUUCUCAGAGAAGAAGAACAAGAGCUCAAACAGUCUCAGGUGGUGAAGAGUCUAUGUCUCCCACGGCGACUGCGUACGCCUUGACCACCCCUGGCCUGCCCCCUGGAUGGGAAGAGAGGAAGGACGGCAAGGGAAGAACUUAUUACGUCAACCAUAACAACCGCACCACUACCUGGACUAGGCCGAUUGUGCAGCUGACUGAAGACGGAGCCAGCACCUCAGCAGCAGCAGCAGCAGCAUCAGGAGGAGCCUCGGCCCAGGCACCCGCAUCCACCCCCUCCUCCUCUUCCACUGCCUCCAACAACCACCUCCAUGAGCCCCAAGUCCGACGACCUCGUAGCCUCAGCUCCCCUACUGUCACCCUUUCCACCCCCUUGGAGGGAGCCAACAACAUCCAGGUGCGAAGGGCGGUGAAGGACACGUUCUCCAACCCGCAGUCGCCCCAGCCGUCGCCCUACAGCUCCCCCAAGUCGCAACACAAGACACAGCAGAGCUUCCUGCCCCCGGGCUGGGAGAUGAGGAUAGCCCCCAAUGGACGGCCUUUCUUCAUCGACCACAACAGCAGAGCUACCACCUGGGAGGAUCCCAGGUUGAAAUAUCCAGUCCAUAUGAGGAAUAAGAACUCAAUGGAGCCUGGCGACCUUGGCCCUCUUCCUCCUGGAUGGGAAGAAAGAAUUCAUUCAGACGGACGCACAUUCUACAUUGACCACAAUACAAAGAACACGCAGUGGGAGGACCCUCGUCUGCAGAGUCCGGCUAUCACAGGACCCGCGGUUCCCUACUCGAGAGAGUUCAAGCAGAAAUACGACUACUUCAGGAAGAAAUUAAAGAAACCGGCUGACAUCCCCAACCGAUUUGAGAUGAAGUUACACAGGAACAACAUCUUUGAAGAGUCGUACCGUCGGAUCAUGUCCCUAAAGAGGCCUGACGUCCUGAAGGCGCGGCUGUGGAUCGAGUUCGAGUCAGAGAAAGGACUGGACUAUGGUGGCGUGGCCAGGGAGUGGUUCUUCCUCUUAUCUAAGGAGAUGUUCAACCCUUACUACGGCCUGUUUGAAUACUCUGCCACGGACAACUACACACUCCAAAUCAACCCAAACUCCGGCCUGUGCAAUGAGGAUCACCUCUCCUAUUUCAAGUUCAUCGGACGUGUGGCAGGAAUGGCUGUGUUUCAUGGAAAACUGCUGGAUGGUUUUUUCAUCAGACCCUUUUACAAGAUGAUGUUGGGGAAACAGAUCUCUCUUAAAGACAUGGAGUCUGUGGACAGUGAAUACUACAACUCUCUGAAGUGGAUCCUGGAGAAUGACCCCACUGAGCUGGACCUGAGGUUUUGUAUUGACGAGGACAACUUUGGGCAGACGUACCAGGUGGACCUGAAGCCCAGCGGCUCAGACAUGGUGGUCACCAAUGAGAACAAAAAGGAAUACAUAGACCUGGUCAUCCAGUGGAGGUUUGUCAAUCGGGUCCAGAAGCAGAUGAACGCCUUCUUAGAGGGCUUCACUGAGCUCAUUCUCAUAGAUCUGAUCAAGAUCUUUGAUGAAAACGAACUGGAGCUGCUCAUGUGUGGUCUGGGUGACGUCGACGUCAACGACUGGAGACAACACACUGUUUACAAGAACGGCUACUGCCCCAACCAUCCUGUUAUACAGUGGUUCUGGAAGGUCGUCCUGUUGAUGGAUGCUGAAAAAAGGAUCCGACUCCUCCAGUUCGUCACAGGAACGUCACGAGUGCCCAUGAACGGCUUUGCCGAGCUUUAUGGUUCAAAUGGACCUCAGCUGUUCACCAUCGAGCAGUGGGGAACACCAGAUAAGUUGCCAAGAGCUCACACAUGUUUCAACCGCUUGGACCUGCCCACUUACGACUCCUUCGAGGACCUGAGAGAGAAACUCCUCAUGGCUGUGGAGAACGCACAGGGCUUCGAGGGGGUCGACUAAAAACAGCAGCCCGUGACUGCAUCUGACCAACCGACAAUAAAUAAAAAAUAAAACACACAAAAGAAAAAAAGCCACAGGGAUGUCAAACCAGCUGCUGUAGCAGUUCUGUGCGAGCAUGUUGUACUGUACAGCCUGCCUGGGAGCCACCUCCACAGCACGGUGGUUUGAGACUGUACAGCGAUUUGUCGAGCCAAUAUGCCUACGUCUUUGUAUCUUUUCAGCGCGGUAGGUCCCUCCUCAAAAGGUGCUGGGGAAAGAACGGGAGAGUCGCAAAGUCAAAUGCUGAAAUCUAUUAUCCACAGGCAUGAGCUGGCCCCCUCUGAUCCGCCGUCUCUUUCCCCUCUACCCUCGUCCUGUGAAAAUCUACAGUGCUGGAAAACACUAAUGCAUUUCAAUAGCUCCUUUAUGUACACUAUAGCACAGUAUUCGAGCACCUUUCCGUGGAAGGGUCCUAGCAUGGCCUUAAUCUGGCUCUUACAUGCACUAUUUCUCUAAGAACCUGCAAUGGCACUAUGAUCACAACUCUCUCAAAUCCUUAGACCAACACCAGAUUACCUUAGGAAUGCUAGCCAAUCACAUUUCAGGAAAUCGGCCACGCCCCUCCGUAGAGCCUUCACUUAUCUGUUGUGUGAUCAGAAAUCGCCACUGCAGCCUUUUGUAGAAUAAUGUUUCUCUUGUUUUCUUUAGGGUUUUUUUUUUUUUUUUUAAAGCCACUGGCGAAGAUUCAAGAUUGGGGGAUUUAAAAAAAAAAAAAAUCCCCAAAGAUGAUUUUUUUUUAUUUUUUGUUUUAUAGUUUUUCUCCUUUUUGUUUUUUUAAAAUCAUUGGUAUAAUUCUUGCAGGAAAAUACUCUCAACGUAUUUGUACUGAUGAACAAUGUUGUUUACUAUUUUGACAAUUCUAUAUGACAUGGUGUGUGAAGUGUAAAUCUGGCUAGUCUGGGAAAAAUAAUUAAUCCAUAUCAUUUGUUAUGGUGAUAGCAAAUGUGUUGAAUAAAAUGGUUUUUAUCGUAGUGCUAUGAGAGCAGCAUGAAACUGUAUCUUGUGUUUGCUUCGACUACAUGGUAGUAACUUGGACGUGUAAUCGGUCUCGAGGUCGACAAGGGAAAACUAAAAAAAAAAAAACCCCGGUGGCUCGUUUCCCUGAGAUGUUUGCGUCAUGAUUAUAUUAAUAUUCUCAUGCCUGUUGCUGUUCAUAAUGCUGUAAAUUGUUCUUGGAAAAAAAGAGAAAAAAAAAUACCACGUUUUAAGUUCUUUCAUGAUAUAUAAAUAUAUGUAUGGACUACAUUUAACAGAAGUAUUACUGAUCAACAACACUAAAAUGAAGCUGUUUGCGUGCGCGGGUAUUUGAGAGUAAAAGCUGUGAUUGCCACUGAAUAUAAAGCAGCACGUUUCUUACAAAGGAAAAUAAUGUGUUUUCUUUUUUAUGUUUCUGUUCUUCUUUCUCUCUCUCUCCUUUUUCUAACACUAUUGAACCUAAAGGGCACUUUAUAGAUCACUCUGAGGUCAUGUCACCCAUUGUAUGUCUUUUGUCGUUAUUAACUUGAAUGUGAUUCUUUAUUUUAUUUUUUUCUUUUGUCUUUUUUUUUUCCAUUUGGAGCACUUACCUGGUGCAAUAUAAAUAGUCUGUAAAUCUGGGCUGCUGCUAAGGUAGAAAAAGUUGACAGAGGUGAAGCAGAGGCUUCACAUCCUUUUAGUAUUCUCUAUUUUCUCUCCUCUUUUUCUCGACAUGUUCCUCCCUCGUGUUUCCUCCCUCCUGUGAUCCCACCUCUCAAACUGACUCAGUAAAGAGUAGUCCUCUUUUUAGAGGGGUUUCUUUUUUUAAUGAAUGACGGGGGGGAACAAAAAAAAAUAUCACUUUUGUUAAAAGACUCCACUCUCUGCAACUCUUUGUGGUUCAUUUAACUUCAAAUAAAAAUGAAACUUCUCAGAG